CAGUCGAAAACAUGUCGGCGAAGGUGUCCUGCUAAGCGCUUUCGUCUUGUCUUGUCCUUUGUUGCCUUUUGGAUUAUGGCGACUCAAAAGAAAAGAAUUCGAUACAGUAAUGCCGACCGAAGCUCAGCAGCCAGCGUCCCGCCGGGCAGGCAGCCGAGUGAAGCAAGCGAGGCUGAUGGUGAUUUUGUGGAUGGGGCGGUACUUCGCAUUACCAUGAAAAACUUCAUGACGUACAACUACAUCGUGGUUCGUCCUGGACCAAACCUGAACAUGAUUAUUGGCGCGAAUGGAACCGGCAAGUCCAGCAUUGUGUGUGCCAUCUGUCUGAGCCUGGCAGGCAAGACCACUGUCCUGGGAAGAGAUGACAAGGUCGGCGGCUACGUGAAAACAGGAUGUGACAAAGGAUUUGUCGAAAUUGAACUUUUUAAGAGAGGUGGGAAUGUAAUAAUUAACCGAGAGAUCCAUGUGGAGAACAACCAGUCAGUGUGGAGGCUCAACGGAAGAACUUGUAACCAGAAAACAGUGGAGGAGGAAGUUAAGGCUUUGCAUAUUCAAGUCAAUAACCUUUGCCAGUUUCUGCCUCAGGAAAAAGUGGGACAGUUUGCCAAAAUGUCCAAAAUCGAAUUACUGGAGGCAACUGAGAGGUCUGUGGGUUCUCCGGAAAUGUUCGAAUAUCACUGCGAGCUCAAAAACUCUCGCUCCAAAGAUCGAGAAAUGGAGAAUGUUAUAAAGGAGAGGACCAGCUACCUGGAGAAAACCAAACAGAGAUAUGAGCGACACAAACUUGACGAGAACCGUUACUAUGAGAAGCAGAGGCAUCUGAAUGCGAUUGAGUUAAUUGAGAAGAAGACACCCUGGGUGGUGUAUGAAACCACCCGCAAUGAGCUUGAGGGUGUGAAGAAGGAACGAGACAAGGUUAAAAAGCAGCUCAUCGUCCUCAAGCAGGCCCAUAUGCCCAUGUUGACUAAGCUCCAGUCGAUUGAAGAGCAGUUGAAGCCCAGUGAUGCACAAAUGAAGGCAAAGAGUGCUGCGAUCAAAGAAGCUUCCUCGAAAUGCAAACAAAAACAAGAUCAAUUGGAUCGAAUGCACAAAGAGAUAGAAGAUAUAAAACAGGAAUUUAAAAUGAAGCAGACUGAAGAAGAAGAUCAGAGGAAGCGCAUCGGAAACAUCAAAUUGAUGACCGAGGACUUGAAAGUCGUGCUUGCUGAAGUUGACAACCAACCAGACGUGACGCCGAGGAUCAGUGAAGUCAAUGCAGAGUUGAGGCAGAUCCAAAUGGAGAGGGGAAAAGUGGAAAAAGAGAAAACCGACUUGCGCCGAGAGAAGGACAACCUGUCUGCAGAGUUGAGAAUGUUGGAGAAAAAGCUCACUGACAUGAAUAACAUGAUGACGAUGAAAGAGGAGAAGCUGCGUGGACGCCACAGGGACACACACGUGGCUGUGCAGUGGUUGAGGCAGAACAGACACCUCUUCAGUGGAAACGUGUGCGAGCCUUUGAUGCUUGUGGUCAACAUGAAAGAUCAUCGCUUUGCCAAGUACUUGGAGAACCACAUUUCAUUCAAUGACCUAAGGGCCUUUGUCUUCCAGAGGAAAGAUGACAUGGACAAGUUCUUAUUAGAGGUGCGUGACAAAAUGAGCUUGCGAAUCAAUGCUAUUAUUGCUCCGGCAGAGACGUGGUCAAGAGCUCCUCCAUCGCGUCAUAUUGAGUCUUUGAGGCGCUUUGGGUUCUUCACUUAUCUGCGCGAGACCUUUGAUGCCCCCGAGGAGGUGAUGAGUUACCUCUGUCAGCAGUAUAAGGUGCACGAGAUCCCCAUAGGCAAUGAGCAGACCGAAGCCAUGAUAGCAACGGUGAUAGAGGAGCCCUACAUUAAGGUGCUGUACACAAAAGACCAGAGGUACGCGGUUAAGAAGUCCUACUACUCCAACAUUACCUCUACCAAAAACACUACAGUGUAUCCGUCCAAGUACCUCAGUAUCGCAGUGGACACUGAGCAGAAACGGCAGCUGGAGCAGCAGUUGAAUGUUUGCCAUUCAAGGUUACGAGACAUUGAUGAGCGGUUGAACAUGAUGCAAAAAGAAGCGACCGGACUGGAUCGCCGUGACAAUGAGCUGUUGUCAGAGAAGAAGAAUCUAUUGGAAUUAAAGGGCAAAAAAAGACAACUGGAACAGAAAAUCAGCACCAAACAGGACAGACUGAGGCAGCUGGAGCACAGUGGAAUUGACCUGAAGAAGGUUGAGUCGGAGACAAAAAAGAAAAUAAUUGCUGUCAAUUCCAAGAAGACAGCCGUAGUUACUGCAUUAAUGGAACAAAUUAAGAUGCAAGCCAAAUUGACCAUAGAGAAGGAGUACCUGGCAUUGGAGAUGACGGGGCUGUUGGCAGCGAAGACCAAGCUGGAGAACGUUUGUAGAGAAGGCGCGAAUGGACUAAAAGGCAUCAAUCAAAAAUGCAGCCAACUUGAGGAGAGUACUGCACGGCUGAAAAUCCAAUGUAAAGAGAUCAUGAAGAGAGCCAAAUCAAUCUGCAGGAUGCAACCCGACGAGGCGUUACCUCGAAACCUGCAUGAUGCUUUCAGUAAGCUGCCUGACACAUUGGAUGAGUUGGAUGCCAUGUUGAAUGAAGAACGGUCCAGAGCUGAGUGCUUUCCUGGAGUCAGUAAAAAGGUGGUCGAGGAGUGCAACAAGCAAGAGCAGGAAAUAAAAGAGCUGGAACAAGAGCUGACUGAGAAGAACGCCGCCUUAACUGCUUUCAGACAGAAGAUGUCAGAGGCUAAAGAAAACUGGCUCAACCCUCUGAAACAGUUGGUAGAACAAAUUAACAACAAGUUCAGCAAUUUCUUCCACGCCAUGAAGUGUACAGGAGAAGUGGAUUUGCACUGUGACAACGAGGAGGAGUAUGACAAGUAUGGCAUUAGCAUUCUGGUCAAGUUCCACGAGAGCAGUCAGCUGCAUGAGCUGACACAAUUCCAUCAGAGUGGAGGAGAGCGCAGCGUUGCCACCAUGUUGUACCUCAUGGCCCUGCAGGAGCUCAUCCGCUGCCCCUUCAGAGUUGUGGAUGAGAUCAACCAGGGAAUGGAUUCCAUCAACGAGAGGAAAGUCUUUGACAUUCUGGUCCACACCGCCUGCAAAGAGAGAACAUCUCAGUACUUUUUCAUCACACCCAAACUGCUGCAGAACCUCAACUACGUCGAGGAGAUGACUAUCCUUUGUGUCAACAACGGCUCUCACAUGGUUCGCUCCAACGAGUGGGACGACAGUGUGUUCCUUCAGCGCUGUCACCAAAAGAAAAAGGUUCAGGCUUGAGGCCUUCAGCAUUCCACAAAUGCGCUGUGAGGACAUGGCCAUGUUCACUAUGGUCUGGAGGAGCGCCCCUCAAAAGUUAAAGCCAUUCACCAAGGCAAAUCUCGCAAGACUUCAGCUCUGUGAGCGUAUGCGCCACGUGUGAUGGUAAACGUAGAACAGGUAGCAGAAGUUACUGCAACGUUGCAAAGCAUCUUGAACGUUACUCCUGAUCAUUUUGUAUUGUCCUGCUCACACUAAAUGACGCAUAUUUCGUGUUCUAUGUUCACUUUCAAGAGUAUCCUUCUGUGGUGGCAUAAAAAGCACACAAAGUUCAUCCUUCAGAAUAGGGAUGUCCGAAGUAUAGCCCGUUGUUAAUUUUCUAACAGACGUGGUAUAUACCAAAAUUAACAUUUGACAGGGCCUGUAACACAAUAUAAAAAAGUGGUCUAUGGGGGCCGCAGAACACUCGAUGUCGAAAAAAGUGUGUUUGUGUGGGGUGCGAUGCCCCUCACCAUUACUAUGACCAUUACUAAUAAAUUGAUUUUACAUUUUUAUAUUUGGCUGCCGUUGAGCGGAAACCUCGCAUCACUUUCCUGGAAACCAAAAAAUGCAUGUUUGUUGAGCCAUUAAUAUAGCGUAAUCAAAGAGACCAAGCCGUUUUUCACCAUUUAUAUUGGUCAAAAAUAACAUACCUACGUGGGGGCUAACCAAUAGUAUUGAUUUUUAAAACAAUAGUGUGAAAUUUACCAAAUUUGGACAGCAGAUUUUGCCCCGACACCAGCGAUAUGCAAAGAAACUGUUGACACCUAAAAUAGUUACAAAUAUUCUCGUUAUAAUGUCCCAGUGAAUAUUUAUAUUUCCGGUUUAGAGGCAAAUAUGGUUUCCUACACUUCUCCUCCACUUCCGUCAUAGUCUGAUUUGGGAGCAUAUCACGCUAAUGAUCCAUCCUCAGCAAACUGUAUUAAAAAUUGUCUUCAUGCUACAGAUUGCUCUUGUUGUUCUUCUGAAUGUGGUUUUAAGUGUGUUUAAGGAAUUAAAGUCAAAGAGUUUUAAAAUGGC